AAAGAGAUUGUAUGGUUUGACGAACAAGGACCAGGAGAGUCACACAAGGACAGGCUGGCUGAUCUACUCACCAGCAGUCCACCGGAUGAUCCAUGGAGGCCUGAUGACAUGGGCGGCCGCAAGGCCAGUGUAUCCAAUAUGGAGUUACCAAAGAGCGCAUGGAGCGUUGAGGGUAAGAUGGACAAAAAGAGGAAGGAUGGAGGGCGAGUCGUUCCUGAUGGCGGAUCACGUAUCGUUGCCGGUGCAAGCCCAUUUGAAGGCCUGAAGAAACACCCUGUGGAGCAUCUUCUCUCAAUCACUAUGGACCAAGAUGAUGCAAAUCUUUCACCACAGGAUGCACUGACUCGAAUCAAGAAUGAAAGUGCGGCAGGAUCACUGUGGACCCAAGAAAUGCACCUAAUCAUCAAGGACGAUGAGCUGGUGCUUGCCGAGAGGAUAUCGGAGGAUCGACUCGGUGCACACAGCCUUGCCUCGCUUACCACUUGCCACGAGCUGGAGGGAUUGGACGAGAGCUUCAACAACGUGGUGGUGUUCGUGUCCAACCAGCCCGGGCAGAAGUACCCGAUAAUGCACGCGUUCCAGCUGGAGGAGGGCAAGGCUAGUCUGCUGAAAAAUGAAAUCUGGCAAGGCAUAACCAAGGCCGAUGACUCUCGCAAACAGCAGGACGAUGCAAAGGAGGCGGCAAACAGGAAGAGAAAUGCGAGCACCGUCAGCCUGUUCAGCGGUCGAUCGAAGCAGAAAGACAAGUCUGAUUCACAUUCGCCGAUCAAGGAAGAAGCAGAGCCGCUGUUACCAGAUCCAAAGCUUGCCGUUCCGACCGUUGUUGUGGAGGCGGCGGACAAGGAAGGCGAUAAGAAACCAGGGGAAAAGAUGGUGAAUGUCAAGGAAAGAGCAGCAAUCUUCAGCGAAAAGGAGAAGCAGGCAGUGACGCCGUCCACCCUGCGCAGAGCUGUCCAGCCGUCACCAGCCGUUAUACGCAAGGGCGCAGGUUCCAGUACUCCGCAGGGCAAUCGCAAGGCAGGUCUCUCAGCCGACUACAUGACGCCGUCCGGCCUCACGUCCUAUCACUCGGAUAUGGACGACAUCCGUGGCACGAUAAAGGAUCUUAGACUGCAGAGGGAUACGGACCUGCUUAACCAUACACUGUAUGACCUGAACAUGUUCAUGGAUAAGCUACGUGCAGCCAUCAAUGCUCGACGAGCCAAGUCCCAACUGAAGAAGAAGGUCAAGAAAAAGAAGAAGAAAAGAGGGAGAAAUGACAGUUCUUCAGAUGAGGAAGACAGCGAUAAGCCAUACAUGCCCCACGAAGACUACAUCGACUCGUAUCAGAAACUGAAGUUGGCAAUCAAUCUCACGGCAAAGCUAGGCAAAGACAUCCAAGAGACGACGCCGAAGGAAAUGAUCGAAGGCAUCUUCAACCUGCUGGUGGAGGUUAUCAAGAUUCAUGGAACGACUGACUAUGCUGCAACUGUCAAGGAGCCACUGCUCACUAAGAAAGCUACGGAGCUGCUCAUCCACUCUCUCAAGUUUGAGCACGAGGCAAUGUGGCAUAGACUGGGAAUCAACUGGAGCAUAACAUUGGAGAAAUGGCCCAAGAACCAGCUGAUACCCGAGUACACACCACGAUUUGCGGACGGCUGCACGCCGCCCGACCUUUGCAACAGCAACGUUGAGCAGUUGAAACAACAGCUGCCACCAUCGCAGCCAGCUCCUGAACAAAACUCACAGCAGUCACGUAUGGUGGCGCUCCGUGAUGAGAUGGACCAGAACUUCAGUGCAGCAAGCUUUUCAAGUUCACUACUCGGUGACGUGGCGGAAAGCAACGUGGACAUUCCACCGGCGGUCGCGAAUGCUCUCACACGAAAGCGUCACCAGACUGUGCAUGGGUAUGGCCCGGACGUCACGUAUGACGAGCAGCUGCGCCUGCGCCGGGAGAUGGCCACCAAGAAGGAGAAACAGAUCAUGGCUGACAGAGCGGCAAAGGCAGAGCUGGCUGUCAAGAAAGCGGACGACGCAAAGAAAGCGAAGCUGGAGCGACGCGAGUCCGUUCACAGCGUAGCCAGUGGCAACAGCCAUGGCUCUGUAGUGCUGAAGAAGCCAGCACAGGUGGUGACGGACAAGAACGGCGUGCAGUUCGCCAUCCUGCCCAGCCCUCAGCUUCAGCAGGUCAUGAUCUUCAAAGACGGGGAAAUGGUACCACUGGAUCUGCUGGCCGGCGAUGACGAGGAGGAGGAAGAUGAUGAGGACAAGCAGCCGACCAAGUUCCCGGAGCGACUCUUCAUGGAGGCCGUGUACGAAUACGAAGCUCAGAACGGACAAGAGCUCUCCAUUCAAACGGGGGAGAAGUUGAAGCUGAUUGAUGGCCGCGGCAACUGGUGGGAAGUGGAGAAUAUGCUCGGAGAAAAGGGCUUCGUUCCAUCGACUUUCCUUGAGGAGAUAACGCAGCCUACAAAACGUCCACCUCCACUACCAUCCGUGCCACCACCCAAUCGUCCCCCAUCGGUAAUGUUCGGUGAAGAUGGCGUGUUCCUUGAGCCGCAAGAAGAGACCGUUACGCUCGAGGGAGGCAUUGUUGUGCCAGCUCCGCCACCGUUUGCUGCACCAGACGUUCCCAAACCCGGCGGAAAGAAGUCCAUGCUGCACAGCAUCAACCCGCAGAAGGCGAUGAAGAAAACCAAAACACAGCGCGACCUGCGCGACAUGUUCAAGUCCAAUCCGAAGCUCAUGGACAGCGACUCGCCGUUCAUUCUAGUUCCGGUAUCAAGUCUCCAGCAGCCGGGUGCAAGCGUGGGAGCUGGUCCCUCUGUCCAGCUGGAGAUGGGUCCUGAUGGCAAGCUGGUCGUACAGCAGACAAUCCCCAUGGCUCCUGCACCAGGGGUUCCGGGAGCACCGCCACCACCACCUGCGCCACCGGGAUCAGGUGCACCGCCGCCACCUCCCCUACCAGGACAAUCGGCUGGGCCUCCACCACCACCGCCACCACCGCUACCCCCGGGCGUGGCUGGCCCGCCAGCUCCUCCGCUGCCGCCCGGUAUGGGUGGCCCGCCACCACCUCCUCCACCGCCGCCUCCCGGAGCUGGUCCCCCUCCACCGCCACUCCCGCCUGGAUUUGGUCCUCCAGCACCCCCUCCUCCGCCAGGAAUGGGUGGCCCACCUCCUCCACCACCUCCACCCAUGCUCUCAGCGGCUAAGUCUAAGAGCGGCGGCGGUUUGCUCGAUGCAAUUAAAGCAAUGAACUUGAAGAAGGCUGGCGAAGGAGAGGAUGAUAAGCGCAAGGGAGAAGAAGAAGGCGGUAUGGCGGGGGUGCUCAGUCAGCUCAAGCAAGGGCGGAAGCUGCGCAGCGUUGCCGACUUACCGAAAAAUCCGAAAGCUGGAUUUGAGAACGAGUUGGCCAAGCAAGUGCAGAACGCACACCUGCGACGCCGAACUCGCACUGAUUCCGUGGAUGCUGUUGCGCCUGGUGGCACAGCUGCUGUCACCACCCUGAAGAAGUCGUCCACCGCAGACGAAGUAAAAUCAUGGCUGGACUCGAAGAAAUUUGGGAAAAGUGUUCUGGAUGCGUUGUCCAAGUUCAACGGAGAUCAGUUGUUGAAUCUCACGAGAGAGCAGUUGAAAGAAGAAAUUGGAUUCCCGGACAUGCGACGACUCUGGGCACUGCUUGAAGAUGUCCGAGAAGCCGAUGGCCUGAAUAAACCGGCCGAGGAGUUAACAGUCAAGGAUCUGCUUGCCGACCGCAAGGCUGAGACAGACGUGCUGACAGACGCUGCGGAAGCUUUCAAGCUGGCUGGUGCCAAGAAAUCAGCUUCUCGUGAAGCAGCAAAGGCAACCUCCGACACUGAAUCUGACAAGGAAGGAAAACCAGUCCCGAUGUGGAUGCGUGCCCUGAAAAAGGCCAAGGAUGCCAACAAAGCUGCCGCAGAAGCGAAGGAACGGGAAAAGGAGGCGGCCAAAACAGAUCCACAGAUGGCACGGAUGCAGCUUCGCAAAACAAGUGGGGGUACAAAACCUGGUACAGACUCCAGCGAUCCUGAGCCAGAGCCGGAGAAACUCAAUUUCAGGAGUUUGCUGAAGCCGCGCGGUGGCGAUCUUCCAAGUGAAGACACUCCACCUGCCUCCCCAGCACCUCCUUCACGUCCUGCUCUCCGUACAGCUGCCGGUCCUCCUGCACCUCCUGCCCCGUCCGCACCGGCCGCACCAGGAGGUCUGCUACGUCGCAGUCAGGUCAUUGAGGAAGUUGAGGAGCCUUCGUCCAAGGGGACAUCACGUCGCUCCUCCCUGAAGCGCACCAGUGUCAUCAGCAUCGGUGGAGACAAGCCCGAGGAACCGCACAUUCCCGAACCGGACUACGCAGACAGAUCCAAGCAACUCAAGGACGAUCUGGACAAGGAGGCAGGAACGCUGUCCAGGAAGGGAUCGACUCGCAGCUCCAAGCGUCAGUCAAUGGCGGAGGAGUCCGGCAAGGAAGAGGAAGGUGGCGAGCAACAAGAGGCUGCGGUGGAGAAGGUGGAGGCGGUGGUCACACUGCCCAGGCAUGCCAGUGUGGCGGCCUUGCAGAGAGAAACACAGGCCAGUAUGCGCCCGCAGAGUCCAAUGGAAGAAGUCCAGCAACAGGUCUUGAUGCAGCAACAGCAGCAGAUCAGGGAGCAGGCAGAGCUUAUCCGACAGCAGAGAGAGGCACUGGAGCAGGAUAAGAUUCGCCGAGCCAAGAAAGAGCAGAGGCGGCAGCAGCGCGAACAGGAAAAAGAGGCGCAGCGUCAGCAGAAACUUCAAGAGCAGCAGCAGAAGCAGCUGCAGUUGCAGCAGCAGAAGCAACAGGAGGCGCUGUUACUCCAGCAACAACAACAGCAGCAACAACAACAGCAGCAACAACAACAGCAGCAACAACAACAGCAGCAACAACAACAGCAGCAACAACAACAGCAGCAACAACAACAGCAGCAAGCACUUCUUCAGCAGCAGACCAUGCUCCAGCAGGCCGCCCUCCCGGCUGGCUUUGGAAACGACGCAUUUGCGGCCCAGCUUGCCGGUGUCGACCCUGCAAAUCUGAAUGCACUUGCGUACGGCUACGACGCCAAUGCACUGGCAGCACAGGGAGCUCUGGGCAACUAUGGCAUUCCCGGUCUGGGCAAUCUAGCCGGUGCUGGCGGUCUGCCCGGUGUGGGCCUGUCUGCAACAGCUGGACUGGGCUCUUAUCCCGGUGUGGGUGUACCCGCAGGCAUGCAGUUUGCCGAUUCUUUGACAGGGGUGGCCUACGACCCAACUCUUCUGCCGGUGAUUUGAUCGCUAGCUACCCAAGCAUUGCAGUUCGCUGGAACCCUGUCAACCACACCUCUAUUUUGAACAGUUUAAAUGUGUUAUUUGGACCACUGGAUGUGCAUUCAACUUGACUUGAUUAUGUUGUGAAGUAUUUUUGUACUAGUGCAUGGACUCAACAUAGAUUUUGUCAACAAUUUUUGAGUCUAAGGCAGAGCAACAAGAUAAUUUGGCGACUGCCGUGUAAAUUUACGAGAAAUCAAUGGAUUUAGGUGAGUCCUAACUCCGCUCCUUUCUGCACCAGUGGCAGUGCUAUGCUUCUCCCUUGCACUCCUUUCCUGAAUGUACAAAAAAUGUAAGCUUAACGACACACCAUCUAAGCUCUACAAUAUUUUUAUAAUAUUCCCCAUAAUUUACAGACGUCGCUGUACAGAUUUCGCUACAACACACUCAUCAAAUUCUAUUUUAUGCAUUUUUAAAACGUUCUACUAUGGCUUCUGAAUGGCUGCUUAAACGUCGCAUCCACACUUUUUUUUAAUAUCUACGUGGCCAACUGCUCAGAACAGCCAACAAUACCACCCUUGCAGCAUGAGUGUGUGGAUUUCGCACAACCCUUUUAAAUUUUAAUAAUAUUAUUGUAUUGUGUGGGAUUCACCGUGAGAUGCAUAGGAGAAUGUGUUUCUUUUCUUUGCCUGCUACUUGAAGUACCUCUGUUUCUGGU